AUGACAAUUUUACACCCUUCAUCCAGCCAUGACGACAGAGUCAGCUCUUUGAGUGGCAAAGAUGUCCAGGAUCAAGAUGACUCGAUUCAGGAGUGCUCGGAUCGAGAAAAGUCGAAACAAUGGGAUUAUUCGGACUUUGAGACCGGCCAGACGAGCAAACCGUCAGGAGAUGAAGUUGUCAACUUUCAGGAUCCUGGAGAGCAUCCGGAUGGUGGAUUUUGGGCAUGGGCUUCUGCUGUUGCAGGUCACUUUGUUAUGAUGAAUUCCUGGGGAUAUAAUAGUUCGUUCGGCGUGUUCCAAACGUACUAUACCGCUCACCUCGACAACCCAGCCAGCCAGAUAGCAUGGAUCGGAUCAGUUCAAGUCUCCGUCAUCUUCUUUGUUGGUGCCUUUGCCGGUCGUCUAACAGACGCUGGUCAUUUCCACAUCACUUUUGCCGUGGGAACGGUUCUCACAUGCCUCGGCGUCUUUAUGACUUCUCUCAGCACCGUCUACUGGCAGAUCCUCCUCUCACAGGGUAUCUGCACUGGAUUGGGCAAUGGCCUCCUCUUUACUCCAGCACUAGCAGUGGUUUCAACCUACUUCAAGAAACGGAGAGCUUUGGCGUUUGGGAUUACAGCAACUGGCAGUGCAUCUGGGGGUUUGAUCUUCCCAUCCAUGGCUCGUCAGCUACUCUCGACAAUUGGCUUUGGCUGGACCGUCAGAGCCAUGGGGCUUGUUCAACUGGUCACUCUAUGCCUUGCAAACUUUCUCUUGAGGCCGAGAGUUCCACCAAAGCGAUCAGGUUCUGUGGUAGACUUGGCAUCGUUCAAGGAGAAGCCCUAUGCUUGCUUUGCAGCUGGAGUUUUCUUGACUUUCUGGGGCCUUUACUUUGCAUAUUAUUACCUCGCCUCGUUUGCAGUUUCGCAAUUGAACCCGUCUUUCUCAUAUACCGACUCCCUCAACCUGCUGCUCGUCGUGAACGGCGUAGGAAUGAUCGGGCGUUCAAUUCCAAACGCCAUCGCCCAUCGGUUCGGAUGCAUCACAGUUCUAAUCCCGGUUACUCUGACCGCUGGCAUAUGCAUGCUGGCCUGGCCAGCCGUGUCCACUGCCGGAGGACUGUAUGGAUGGGCCAGCAUCUACGGAAUCGCGGCUGGUGCCUUUCAGAGCCUGUUCCCACCGGCCUUGUCGGAUUUAACGACAGAUGUGCAAAAGACGGGCGUCAGGAUGGGCAUGGUGUUUACGUUGAAUAGUAUCGCAACACUCACCGGGCCGCCUAUCGCGGGUACCAUCAUUCGGAAAUCCGGGGGGCACUAUCUCGGUGCGCAGGUAUUUGCUGGUGUUUCGUUGUUACUCGGAGGGUUGUUGAUUAUGGUUGCGCGAUAUUUGAAGGGUGUUUAUAGAUGA